AAAGCAAAAUGAAGAUCACCAAAAGUUCACUUCCGCACUCUCAGAUUCAUUCCAGUCGCUGAGAUGAGGAGUACAUUGGCUGUGUUCCUGGGACUCGUGGCGUUCGCUUCAGGAGACUGGCUAAACAAUGAUCUUCAGCAUGAGGAAGUCUACUUUUAUCACUUGAAGCCCAAUCAGACUGUGAAGGAAGCUCUCCUGGCCAGAGCUCGUCGACCAGCUGAACAGAAUUGCAUGUGCACAACCACCCAGUGUGAUUGCUGUGCAGGACUCAAGUUCCCGAGGCUCAAGAUUGACCGGCAGAUCUGCACAAAAAUGAACUACAACAGGCAAACAUCCCUCCUCAGAAUGGGAGUCACCAUGAAUGGGAAGCAAGUUGGCCAGCAGACAAUUUUCGUUCGCCAGUCAGACGGUUCUGGUGGUGGCCAGGAAGGCGGAGGAGGAAGCAGCCCAUCUCCCUUCUGUCUGCCCAUUCCCAUUCCCUUCUUCAACAUCGAUCUCUGCGUGAAGCUCUUCGAUCUCGACACGCCCGGACCGAAUCUGCACAUGUGCAUGGAUUGGCUGGCCAGAAUCGCCUCGGUGCCCAUCAUUGUGCUCCACUUUGACUGUAUGCAGAUCGGCCUGGACGGUGUGGCCUUCAUGAAGCCCGGAGAGACGCUGGAAAUGCUACCUGGUGGAGUGAAUCCCGUCGAUCCCACCAACCCAAUCAUAGAGCCAGGCUCUCCAGUUCCGGUUUCUCCGGUGGCGCCUGUGAGUCCAGUGGCUCCUGCGCCUGUCCAACCGCCGGACACAGGUAUCAUCACAUCGCCCAGUGGCCCGAAUCUGCCCCAAAUCGGCGGCGAUGGAAGCGAUUUUGACCCCGUAGAUGAGAUUAAAAUUAAACCGUGGUACGUUUGA